AUGACGCCAAUUGCUGCCCUCAGCCCAAAGCCUGCUGGGACAUCUCUGCCUUCAAACCCAAAUCGGCAUUGUCUCCUUCCCCCCCCCCUCACUUCUUGUUGUUCUUUUAUUAUAUUGCAGCUAUCCAAGGAGUAUGGCCCCGUCUUCAGCUUUCACACUGGACCCCAGCAAGUGGUCGUGCUGGCAGGAUAUGAGACUAUAAAGGAGGCUUUGGUGAACCAGGCAGAUGCCUUUUCGGAGAGGCCCCAAAUCCCAAUUCACGAGGAUUGUUCCAAUGGCUAUGGCAUUAUUUUUUCUCAUGGUGAGAACUGGAAAGUGAUGCGCCGGUUUGCCAUAAGCUCAUUGCAGGAGCACGGAAUGGGCAAGAAGACCAUAGAAGACAAAAUAGCCGAGGAGUGCCAUUUUCUAAGGCAGAAGUUUGAAUCUUUUGAAGGAAAGCCAUUCGAUCCUAUUGCAGUUGCAAGCGCAGCCGCCGGCAGUAUAAUAACCACCUUAAUACUUGGCAAGCGAUACGGUUACGAAGAUCACACCUUUGUAAGACUGCUGAACUUGGUGAAGGAAAGUAAUCGGGUUCUGGCACACCCCUUAGUCACGGUAUAUAACCUGUUUCCUUCUCUGGGCUCCUUUGUUUGGGCUCACAAAGAGGUCCUGAGGAAAGCCAAAGAAAUGAAAGACUCCUUGCAGCACAUCAUCAGAGAACACCUCAAAGACCUGGAUGAAAAUAACAAGAGAAGUCUGGCUGAUUCGUUUUUUAUCCGGCAGCAAGAGGAGGAGAAAAAUAAGAUCAACGGGUUUUUCCACAACAGCAAUCUUGUGACCUUGGUGAAUCAUUUAUUUUGUUCUGGCAUGGCACCUGUUUCAGCUACCUUGUGCUGGGCCCUAUUACUAAUGAUAAGGUAUCCUGAAAUCCAGAAUAAGGCCCGAAAAGAAAUUACAGAGGUGAUUGGAUCUUCUCAGCCACGGAUUGAACACCAAUCGCAGCUUCCAUAUACAAAUGCAGUAAUCCAUGAAAUCCAAAGGUUUGCUGAUAUUUAUCCUGUCGGUAUGCCGCAUGAAACCACUACAGAUGUCACCCUUAAAGGCUACUUCAUUCCAAAGGGAACUCAUAUUGUUCCACUACUGUACUCUGUGUUGUAUGAUGAAUCGCGUUGGGAAAAACCAUUUGAAUUCUAUCCAGAGCACUUCCUGGAUUCUGAAGGGAAGUUUGUAGAGAGAGAUGCCUUCCUCCCAUUCUCUGCAGGUCGGCGGAUGUGUCCCGGGAAGAGCCUUGCCAAAAUGGAGAUUUUUCUAUUCUUCACAAGCCUCCUGCAGCAAUUCAUUUUUCAGCCAGCCCCAGGGAUAUCUUCAGAAGAUGUGGACCUUACUCCUAUGGCUGGGUUUUCUUCAACUCCACUGCCCUUCAAGUUGUGCGCUUUGCUACGUUCCUAA